GCUAACAUUGUGUGUGCCUUCGAUGCAUUAAUGUUUGAAGAUAUGUUAUUGAGCAGCAUGAAUAAUAAAGAUACAUUUACUAAUCUAUCUACAGCAAUUGUAACAUAUGUAAAAUUAAAGGAUGUAUGGAGUCUAAAAGAACCAUCGUAUAUAGAUCAAUCGAUAGUGGAAAACAAAGCAUAUAGUAGUAUGAGUCUAAAAAUGAUAACGACCUUACUUGCAAACGGCGCUGAAGAAGGACCAACAAGGAAUGAAAUGAUGUCUUAUUGGAAUAUUCCUGAUAAAAUAUCUUUAAACAACCAAUACCUAUCUAAAUUUACUUUCUUAAAUAAUAUCAAAGACAUUGCAUUGUAUGUAAGAACUACAAUAUAUGUUCAAAAUUUAGUUAAUUUAACAGCCGAUUUUUCAUCAGUAUGCAUAAAUGAACUUCAUUGUUCGAUUUCAAAAAUAGACUUCAGAAAUAACGAGCAAGCUGCAAAAACUAUAAAUUCAUGGGUCCAAGAAACAACAAAUAACCAGAUACUAAACGUAAUUUCUUCAGAUAAUAUCGACAAAGAUACAAAAAUAAUGUUAGUAAAUACUGUGUAUCUUAAUAUUGGAUGGCCAAACUUGCCAAAAGAACAAAUAGUAGAUCGCAUAUUUUAUAUUUCUCCAUCACAAAUGUAUUUGACUCCAACAAUUAAAUUUGAAAAAACGAUGUUUAGUUAUGGUGAAAUACCACAUUGGAAUUGCAAGUUCAUUGAAAUUCCAUAUUUGAACGACAAUAUUACAAUGAUUAUAUUUUUGCCAAAUGAAGAUAUGGAAAUUGGGAACGUGGAGUACCUGAUAGAAAAAUUUGAUUUUGAAGAAUUUCAAUUAAUUAGAACUGCAGACUUCACAAACAAACUUGAGCACGAUAGGGAAUUAUGUCUACCAGAGUUUACGAUUCAAUGUACUCAAAAUAUAACGAAUUAUUUUCGUCGGAAUGGCAUAAUUACGAUGUUUAAAGAUAAUGCGGAUUUUACACCUCUCUCAAAAAUUCCUCUGAAAGUAAGCAAUAUCGUUGAAAAGAUUUCCGUGAGAUUUCGCGAAGAAAAAUCGGAAGUUGGCGAAAAUAGAGAAAGAAUAGAGAUAGAUUGGUCGAAGGAGUUGAGAGUAGAUCGUCCAUUUUUGUAUAUAAUCGAAAUAGACGGAAAGAUGGAGUUUGUUGCAGCCGUGCGAGCACCAGACUAUAUAUUUACGAAAUGAAAUAUAAUUUUUAUUAUAAAUUAUAAAUUAUUCUAUUAUGAAUUAUACAUUCUAUUACAUUCUUAUGUUUAUUGAUAAUUUAUAUCAUACAAUAUAACGUAGCUUAAACUAUUUUAAAUUUUAUUAUA